AUGUACAGCCAUCGUCCGCAUCCCCUCCUGGAGCAGGUGCCGCUCACCGUGUCCCCCUUCGUCUCCCUGCCGACCGCCACAACGCUCGCCUACACCUACAAGACGAUGCCGUCCAGCAUACCGCCCUCCGCGCUCGGCAUCCCGACGGCCUCGUCGUCGAGCGAAGCCGACAAUUCCAGCGCCGCCGGCGGUGCUUCAGACCAGUCGAAGCCGCGCUUCGUCGUCUCGCAGUCCGGUGCGGCGGCGCACCCCGACGAGAUCGUGGCCUCGUGCCAGGCGCUGCGCGCCCACGUGGCCCGGCUGCAGGAGGACGCGGAGCGCGAGCUGCGCGCUUUUGAGGAGCGCAUCCGCGAGCGCGACCUUGCGGAGAAGAGACGGCUCGCGCCGGGCUGGCUGGACAGCGACGCGCGGCUCCUGCAGCCCGAGAAGAGCGCGGCGGCCACGGUGGCGGGGAGCGACGAACCGAUGAUUGGCGAGCCGACGACUGCUGCCGCGGCGGACGAGGGAGCUGCGCUGGACAGGGCGUUUGGUGGGAUGAACCUGAAAUGA